AUGGUCGACGAUUCCAAGUCUCCUUCUCCAGACAAGCUAGAGAGCUCCCUACCAGAAGGCGAGUCUCUUCUAUCCCAACCGAACUCCGAUGCCCAGGGUCAGCUCACCGCAGCUGUGGACGAUCUACUGAAUGAACUCCAAAGCAAAUUCGACAAUGUCUCUACGGAGAUGUUCGGGAAACUGGAUGAAAUGACCAAGCGCCUUGAUGAGCUGGAGGCUUCUUUAACUGCAUCUUCUGGGACUGGUGUCCCGACCCCGGCAAAAUAA